AUGCCACAGCUCGAUCUGGUUUCCCUCUUCCGCCUCGUCGACGCCGGCGAGCCAAGAUCGAAGCUCGCCCGUGAGACCACGGCCGUCGCAGCCUCCUACCCCGGCGGCCAACGCAACGUCGAUGUCACCACCGCCCACACGCACGGCCGGGCAGAGUCGCUGCGGGUGAGCUGGGCCUGGUCCGGUCUUCCCGGCGCGGUGCUGGAGCGGGGCGGGUCCACCAAGGGGAGCUCCAACCCCAAGGCGGCCGCCGAGGCGGAGACGCGCAAGGGCGCGCCGAAGCCCAGGAGGCCGCUGCCUGCCAUCGUCAUCUGCGUUCUGCCCGCGGGCAAGAUGGCCGUGCAGCAGCGGCGCCCCCCCGUUCUUGGCCGCGGCUGGCGCCGGCCGGCGGGAGGGGCCAGGGUCUUCGCGAGCGAGGCCGUGGAGACCGCGGAGCCGUCGUCCCCGAAGGUGUCGUGCUUCGGCGCUGUGCGGGCAGAGACCCGCGCGGCGGCGCAUGCGCCUGCGCCUGCGCCGCGUGGGGAGGAGGAGGAGCAGGCUGAGGAGCGGAGCGGGUGCUGGGCGAGCGUCACUGCCUCGCUUCGUGGCAUUUGCCGGUCAGACGAGAGUGGUGAAGGUGAAUUGCCAGCGAGUGAGGCGAAGACCACGGCGUCGGAGACACCGGCGGUGGCCGUUCUAUCGCCACCGCAGCCGGUUCCGGGGCUGGGAGACAUGAAGCGCCUUGCUUCGCGGCGGUGGCCGGAGGGCAUGGCAGGAGUAGAGCGGUGA